UUACUUGUGCUGCACCAUUGUUGUGCUGGAAGCCUGUCAAGUGGUCUUCCCCGCGUGUUGGUCUGCCGUGUGCCGCGCGUCCCUGCUGUUCCGGGCACCACGCCCUCUGGCUGUGCGUGUCGCGCUCUCCCAUUGCUUUUGAAUGCAGCGCGUGUGGUUGUUUGUUGCAGUUUGGCAUCAUGCCGGCACUGUGGCAUUGUUGUGACUGCUUAGUAACAUUGUUCCCCAAAACAUGUUGUUUCCAAGCCUACUACUGAAAAUUACAAGUGAUAGUUCUUUAUUUUGAUUCUCUAAAUUUGAGAUUGGCAUUGCUGGGACACCGGAGAGAACUGACGGUAUGGUUGGUUCGGCAGUUGAGUGACGAGCGAGCGCAGAGCUGACGAGUGUGGACGCGGUGUGUGAAUCCCUGCAGCACAAUGGCCACGGCCGACACGCCCCGGCCCUCGGACAUCAUCUCCAUGGAGCAGCGCGGCUACCACAUAGGGGAGAAGAUCGGCAGCGGCUCGUACGCGACCGUGUACCGCGCGGAGUACGUGAACGGCGCCAAGACCACCAGUCUGGCGUGCAAGAUCAUAGACAAGCAGAAGGCACCCAAGGACUUCUUGGACAAGUUCUUCCCGCGCGAACUCGACAUCCUGAAGAAGCUGGAGCACUCGUACAUCGUGCAAGUGCACAGCAUCCUGCAGCGCGAGUCGCGCGUCUUCAUCUUCAUGAGCUGCGCGGCGGGGGGAGACCUGCUGGAGUACAUCCGUGCGCACGGGCCCGUGCCCGAGCACCGCUCGCGCAAGUGGUUCCGGCAGAUCCUGGAGGGUCUGCGCUACCUGCACGGCCAGAACAUCGCGCACAGAGAUCUCAAGUGUGAGAACAUCCUUCUCUCCGCGCACUACAACGUGAAGAUAGCGGACUUCGGCUUCGCGCGCUACUGCGUGGACGGCAGCGGCCGCCGCACGCUCAGCCGCACGUUCUGCGGCUCUGCGGCGUACGCCGCGCCGGAACUGGUCAGCGGCACGCCCUACAACCCCAAGCUGGCCGACGUGUGGUCGACGGGCGUCAUCCUCUUCAUCAUGCUGAACGCGUCCAUGCCCUUCGACGACUCGAACCUGCGCAGGAUGCUGCGCGACCAGCUGACGCGCAACUGGAGCUUCAGGAGCAAGGUGAAGGACGCCGUGUCCCAGGAGGCACGGGUCGUGGUGACGGACAUCCUGGAGCCGGACGUGAUGCGGCGCCCCACGCUGGACCGCGUGCUGUCCUACGAGUGGGUGACUGUGCGCGGCCGAGACACGGACACUGCGCUGACGGUGCCGGUCGCCAGCGUGGCCUCCAACGUGCGGCCCUGCGCGGAGAUGCCCAGCAUCCUGAACAGGGACGCGAGCGCGGAGGGCGAGGCCGGCUGCAGCAAGCUCUGACCGCCCGAGUCGCCCGACACUUGCGAACACCAGUAUCACACACAUUAUUGUACUUUGAAACUAAUAUUUGACUGGAUGUAAGGGAAUAGUAAUUCUCACGGACAUCUUUUUACAUCUCGGUUAAAUGAAAUGUAACCAAAGUUUUUACAACUGUCCUGAAUAAAUGGACUGAAUAUUUAGAUUGAUCUCUGCCCUGUA